CUAUGGAUCCGGUCAUUCUGAAAGUAAGCUCACGUGAUAAAAAUGAAAUCAACCGUGUCUUACGCUUAAAAUGGCGUCUAAAUCAAACAAGUGUUCUCCAGAGUACGUGGUCCUUGAACAGUAUCUCCACAAUAUCUGCGAUGCACUUAGCAAGGUUUCUGGUAGCAUUACACCUCUAGCAAGAGACUAUUGCUCCGCUGGCAUCAUAACAUCAGCUACAAUGAGUAGUGCCUCUCCUCCGCACUCUCCCCAAUCUGUCUUGACUCCCUACGAACGUGCUAAUGCAAUCAUGACUGCAGCUCUUGUAAGUGUACAACAGGAUCCAAGGAAGUUUGGUGCUGUGGUAGAGAAGCUAAGUGAUCAUGGGCUUAAUGGGCUUGUAAAGGAAAUGGACGACACACUUGUACAACCUCAAGGAACUGCAAGGUCUAGAUCUCCACCAUUACUAGAAAACCAUAAGCCAUUAUGCAAAAAAAAAUUUAAAAUCAAGCGACAGCGGAUGAAGAUACUUGUGGUUGGUCAUAAUGGAAGUGGAAAAUCAUCAUUGAUUAAUGAAAUGCUGGGUGGGAGAAAUGUAGCAGUGGUUGGUCGACCAGAAGAUCAAACCCAUACCAAUAAUCCAGUCGAAAAAUACGAGCUCGAAAUUGGAGAUGUAGAUGUCACGAUAUAUGAUGCACGAGGACUUGGUGAUCCUUCAAUAACAGACGAAAGUACAAUGAAUUCAAUUGUUAAAAUAAAGACUGUAGAUAUUGUACUUCUAUGUCACAAGCUAUAUGAUAGGGUUGAUGGUGCAAGUGUGAAAGAGCUAAAGGUUCUUUUUGGCAACAUGGAUGAUGAUUUGAUUGAUCUGUCUAUUCUCGUCUUUACAUUUGGAGACGAAUAUCAAAUAAGAUGUGAUCCUGUUUUCGAUGAUAAAGGAAAAUUGACAGGUGAAUCAAAACAAGAAGUGAAAGAAGCUAUGAAUAUCCAGAAAUGUCAAAUGGAACACAAAUUCAAGGAUACUAUGAAGAAAAAUGGUACCAGUGACAGAAUCGCUGACAGAGUACCAAGCUGUAUAACAUGUGGAAAAAGAAAGAGGAAUGGAGAGCGAAAGGAGUUACCUACAAGCGAUAACUGGGUUGAUGACCUCUGGGAGCUAUGUGAGGAGCGAUGCAAACGUGAAGCAAGACCAUUUGUCAGAUCAAUGAAAAGCAAGAUCUUAGAAACAUUAGGAAAUGCAGGAAGUCAAUUGAUUGGUUUUUUUGGCAAAAAGAAAUGAGUUUAUAUUGUGAGAGGGCUAGGGAAUGUGAGGUAAAUACAGUUAAUUUUUAACUUGUAACUUAUUUUUAUGCUAGAUAUUUUUGAACUCAAUCUUUAGAUGUUUUACUUUAAUAUUGUUAAAAUAAUAAUUAAAACAUUGUAAAGUCAUUUCUUUGUA